UUCUCUCACCAUGGCACUUCCCAUUAAGAUCGUUCGUCAUUGCAGCCUCAUUGCGGUGUUGGUGUUAAUUGUUAUUGCCUUCGGCGAGACGAAUGGAGCGAGUAUUUUGGUCGAUUUGAAAGAACCCAAAGUUGAAACGGCCACCAACAAAACAGACCCCAUUACUAAACAUGGCGGAAUCACCGAAGAGAAAUUAGAUCCUCGUAUGUUAGGUGGCUCUGGAUAUUCUGGAUAUGGUGGACAAGAAUCAGCAUAUGGCGCUUAUUCAAUGCCUGGUGGAUCCAACUACGGGUCCGUUUAUUCCGGGAAUUAUGGCAGUGGUUCUCCUUCGUACCCUUCCGGUCCUCAUGCAGAAGCCUACAACACCGGAACAUCCUACGGAUCAGCUUAUGGUGCAGCUACUCAAAGUCCUUUUUACAGCACUGCAUACGGAUCUGGAUCUUAUGGCGCCUCUGCUUAUGGGUCAGCAUCCUAUGGCGUCACACCUGCAUCUGCUUAUGGGUCAGGAUCUUAUGGCGUCACACCUGCAUCUGCUUAUGGGUCAGGAUCUUAUGGUGUCAAACCUGCACCAGCUUAUGGGUCAGGCUCUUAUGGCGUUACACCUGCACCUGCUUAUGGACCGUCAGGAGCUUACGCUGGAUCGGCUUAUGGCAACGCGGAUUCUUCCUAUGGCGCUUCAUCUUAUGGCGCUUCAUCUUAUGGCGCUUAUCCAACUCCUUACGGCAACAUGGGUAGCCCAACCUAUGGAGCAGGAUCGUCUUACUCAGGAUCGUUUUAUGGUGCUACUCCGCAAUACGGCAACAUGGGGUCCAAUUAUGGCGUCACUCAGUCACCCUAUGGCGCUAGUAAUAUGUUCGGCUCUUAUGGAAACUACGGAGCUGCUGGAUAUGGUGCCGGAAGCUACGCUGGAUACGGAGCCGGAAGUUUUGGUGGAUACAGCGGAGUUGGCAGCAGUUAUGGUGUUACUUCAUCUCCCUACGCUUCUUAUGGCGGAGCCUUUUACGGACAAAACAACAAUAUGUACAACGGAAUGUCCAACGGAGUAUACGGAGGUUCCAGUUCCUAUUCAAAUGGUGCAGGUUACAUGGGAAAUAGGUAUCCUUUUGGUUACGGCAAUAAUGUGGCAUACUAAAUUUCUGAUUCAUUCACACUGUUCCUAUUUAUUGCUUAUGAAAUCGAAGAUUGUUGGAUAAUAGACUUGAAAUUAUCGAAAA